GGUCAACCUUCAAGAACUCGCACGAACGCCAGCCGCGCUGCUCGAUGGUGGACACGCACUUGUUUGUGUUCUAUGGAUCGCAGACUGGAUGUGCCGAGUCCAUUGCCAAGCGCGUGCAGUCGGACGGGUUGGAGCGUCACAUGACUGUGGCGUUGCAUACGUUGAAUGAGUUUGAAAAGUGUGGUGUAUUGACGCAUCCAAGUGCCACCGUGUUGAUUGUGUGCUCUACGACGGGCAACGGCGACCCUCCAACAAAUGCAGAGAAGUUUUGGCGGUACCUAAAGAAGAAAGCACACCCGACGACACUGCUGGAGCAUGUCCGCUUCACCGUACUCGCGUUGGGCGACACCAACUACGACAAAUUCUGCUACAUGGGCAAGAACAUUCACCGCCGUCUUGGCGAACUUGGCGCUAAGAGUUACUACAUGCUUGGCUGCGCCGAUGAAGCCAUGGGGCUCGAGGACUGUGUGGAACCUUGGCUCAUGGGUCAUUGGGCAGCGCUCUCUGCAUCCCCUGUGCCCGCUUCCACGGUUGACACUUCCCUUGUGGUCGCGACGGGCGUGGACGCCAUGACGAUCGCUGGAGCAUCCACCAAUGUGAACAGCACGACAGCCGUACACCAAGUAGUACCACAGGACAAAAGAAUCGAUAGUGCUGUGGACCACUUGCACAUCUUCUUCGGAUCGCAAACUGGCUGUGCCGAAUCCAUUGCCAAACGCAUCCAAGCCGACGCGGCCGGCCACCACAUCCCAACGAGUCUGAAUCCGCUCAACGCGUUCGAAAAGGAAGGUAUUUUGGCCUUGGCGACGCCGACGCAUGUCGUCAUUGUGUGCUCGACCACUGGCAACGGCGACCCGCCGACAAACGCCGAGAAAUUCUGGCGUUUUCUCAAGAAGAAGGCGCAUCCACGCACUCUGCUGCAGCACGUCCGGUUCUCUGUGCUUGCGUUGGGCGACACCAACUACGACAAGUUCUGUUACAUGGGCAAAAGCAUCCAUCGACGGAUGAAGGAACUUGGCGGCGUUUGCAUGCACGACCUUGGCUGUGCGGAUGAAGCGAUGGGGCUGGAAGACACGGUCGAGCCGUAUGUGUUGGGUCUGUGGUCGGCAUUACUCGGCAGCGGGCUCAAGAAUUCUGUUGCUUCGUCCACAAUUCCCGCCGAACCAACUGCGGUCGUCGCGGACGGCGUGGAGAGCCAAGCCGUUCUGCCGAUUGCGAGCGAGGGCGCCCCGGACACCUCGUUGGACAUCCUGACCUAUUUGACGGCGUAUUCGACCAUGUUUCCAGCGACUGUGGUGCCAUCCGUUGAUCCCGGUCGCCUUCCUCGAUUCCAAGAUGCAACGGUGACGGUGGCAUUUGACACGUCGUCGCAAGUUCCAAAAGAUAUUCAGACAUGCAUUGCUACUCGGUCGGAUUUCAUGGCCACCAUCACGCGAGCCAAGUACUUGACGACGCCAUCGUCCACAGACCGCAAGGUGCUGUGGCUCGAACUCGACACUGCAGGCAUGGGCAUGACGUAUGUUCCGGGAGACUCGAUCGGGAUUCGGUGUCCCAAUCAUGCCAACGUUGUGUCGUACUUCGUACGUCGACUUGGUAUAUCGUCGGACGAGUUGCAUGCGCCGUGCGUCAUUCAAAGCGUCAAGAAGGCGGCUAUCUCUGCAAACGCCGUGUCAUUGUUUCACCUCCUGACACAUCACUACGACCUUCAAGCGCAGGUGAAGAAGGCAGCGCUGCGGGUUUUGGCGCAGUACUGCCCCGACGGAUCCGACGACCGCCGUACGCUUUUGUACCUGUGCAGCAAAGACGGCCCGACGCACUUUCAGCAAUUCGUGGAAGCCCAGCGCCUGAGCUUGGUCGAUAUCCUCCAUCUCUUCCCGACGUGCACUCCGCCCAUCGCGCACAUUCUGUCGCUCUUGCCAACGCUCAGCCCUCGGUACUACUCGAUCGCGUCAUCGCCACUGAGUCAACCUCCCGACCGCGUCCACAUUGCAUGUACUGUCGUCGAAUAUACGUUGCCAGUUCAAGGCAGCUCGACUGGCUACCUUCGGCGCCGUGGCCUGUGCACAUCAUGGUUGGAAGAGCUCGCGCAACCGCUCUUGGCGACGUGUGCCGUGCCCCUCUCCAAGAAGCUUACAGUUCCGAUCUUUCACCAUCCCACCAAAGACUUUACUCUGCCUGCAAACCCGUCGUAUCCGUUGAUUUUGGUCGGUCCUGGGACCGGGGUCGCCCCAUUUGUCGGAUUUGCACAGCAUCGCCAGCUCCAAGUACGUCGACAGCACCUGUCUAGCAAUCGCUCUUCUCAACCGCUCGCCACAACUCGAACUCAUGUGUGCUCACGCAUCGCUCGUGCUGAGUAGCGACUCCAGCACGCGGACGACAGCGAGAGCUGCGGGUACUGGCGGGGCAGCCACGCUGUUGAACUCGUCGAAGACGAGUUUGUGUUGGGUCCCAUUGACGUGUUCUUUGGGUGCCGCGAUCGCAGCCAGGACUUUUUAUUCCAGCCAGAGUUGGAACGCUUCGUAGCCGACCGUGUCAUAACUCGCCUCCACGUGGCGGCAUCCCGUGAGCAAGACACCAAGCAUUACGUCCAGCAUGACCUGGCAACGCACGGAGCCGCAGUGUACAACGCGAUGGUCAACCAAGGCGGGUACCUGUUUGUGUGUGGCGACGGCAUGCGCAUGGCCAAGGACGUGCACGACGCCCUCGUUCAAGUGUUUGUGGACCACGGCAAGAUGCCCCACGAUGCGGCCGUCGCCGCAUGGAAGGACCUGGCACUCCGCCAGCGCUACGUCCGCGACAUCUGGGGUUAACCUUCGACCCGUUCGGAGGAUUGCCAUGACUCGAGGUGGUAGAUGUCCAUACGAAACUUCAUUCAGAGCCGAAUUAAGUCCACGUGCCAGCAAACUGCACCGGACUCACGACGCCGUGGGUCGUGGUGUACACGUCCAUUUGGUGGUUCCACUCAUCUUCGACGUCAGCGUUCUUCUUGGACGCGUACAGCGCAUGCGCGAGAUCCUUCUUUUGCGCCAGCGCCUGGGCCAUCAGCGCUCUGUCCUGGACCAGGAUCGCAACAAACAAAGCGUCGUUCCACUUCUUGGCGUGCAUGCACGCUGGAAAGAGCGCCACACAAACCGAUUCGUGACCACUGCGACAGAGGGCAGCACACGCACGUUGUGUCAACGAAGUUCCCUGAGCAAGGUCGUCGCCACGU